GUCUGGCAUUUUCGGUUCCCCGCAUGAAAGUGAUUUAUGAGAUGUUUGGACGGGCGUGCUACAAGCUGUCUGAUAACACCGCCGCCGCGCUAUUCAGUCCCAAGAGCUCCGACUAUGUGCUUGAUCUAGGCGGCCACAUCGGCACGGCUACGCGAUGGUUUCUUGAACAGGGAAUCUCCGGUGCUGACGUGUAUGAGCCGAGAGACAUCGUGGACUACGACUUGCUGGUGCAAUGUGGUUGCUUCUUCAAGGCCGAUUCUGCUCACGGAGACGCACAUAGCGGUUCGGUAGUCAUCCGGGCCGGCGGUGAGGCUUUCUACUUUAAGCAGGUCCACAACUACCAGACUUUGGUGAUGGCCACAAGCGUCUCUCGCUGGCCACUCGGGUUCCAAGUUCAUCCCGCGGCUCAGCGCUCUCCCGGUUGGAGUUUCUGGGACUGCGCUCGGAAGGGAGCUUUGGGGUCGGACAGGUUCGUGUAA